UUAGCAAUGUCUGACGACUUCAUAGUGUACCAUCAAGCUAGUGAUCAGCCCUAUUCGGAGGGGUUUGUGGUGCACGGUGCUGGGGAUAGUGAUGACGAACACUCUCAGCAGCUCUUAGAGUCGGUGGAACUUGAGCAUUUUAUUAGUGAUGUGUACUACGGGGAAUUUCUGGGAAAGAGAAAAGGAGCGAAGUUUGUAUCAAGUAUCAUUUCGUGGAUGAAUCAUCACAUGCCUUUUGAUAAGAAGGUAUCUUCUAUAGAGGGUGACCUGAGAGAUGGGGUGAAACUUUGUGGAUUGAUAAAUGCUCUGAAGAUGAAGACUGACUUGCCAGUUCCUGCACCUUCUAAUGAUGAAGAGAAAAAGGAAAACUUGUAUCACAUUCUCUCAUUUCUAGCCUCUGAACAACAUAUGGAAGCUGAUCAUGAAGUUUUUGAAUAUGCUGCUCAGGAUAUAGUUACUGGUGACACACAAGCAAUACUGAGUGUUAUCCUAAACAUAAUUCGACAUCACGUUAUUGAUUGUUUAGAGGACCCCGUCCACGGUAGACAGGGAAUAGAGCUGCUUGAAUACUGGGCACAAGAAGUUGUGGGCAUGUCUGGGAAUCUCUUCUGCUCAGACUUUGUCACCACUCAUAUUGAAUCUGAUGGUAAUCUGGAAAGAUUGGCAAUCCAUCUUAAAGUAGAGCUUCCGCAAUACCUUGAUUUUCUGUCCUCCCAAGAAAAAGCGGCCUAUUUGGUCGAGUGGUUUGAGAAAGAGACAGGUAUUCCUCCUUUGCUGGAUGUUACGAUGAAACUAGAAGACGGAGAUGCACAUUUGAACAUGUGGUAUCACCUUCUAAGAUAUAUCUGGCUGGCUGAAAUGUAUCAGUUUUCUUUGAAAACCAGAAAAGCCAAGACAGUGGGUGAAAACGAAAAACCAACGGCACCUCAAGACAUCAUACUGACUGCCAUAUACACGGCAGAAAAGAGGGAGAGAAACAGAACCAUGUUGGUGGACCUGUGUCGAGAUGUGUGUGACUGGAGUCAGGAGAAAAUCAGAGUUCUGAAGAAAGAAGUUGCUGCUCUGGCGGGGGCAUCUGAUAUUGGAUCUCGGAGUGUCAUUCAGCUGGCUGACAUCUACACAAUGAUGCGGGAGGAGCAGCAGUCGUACAGCGAGAAAAAGAUCAAUUGUUACAAACUGCACUGUGACGUUCAGCGUAAAGCACAAACUAUUGGAAACAAAGAGCUUAAAUAUGACCCAACUUAUAACAUUUACAAAGUAGAGGAUCUUUGGAACAAGAUGGUGAAGAUGGAGCAUCAACUGGAGAAGAGAAUUCAGGGUUAUCUGCUCCGUGCCGAGAACAAGAAUUCGUUUUUCAACCAGUGGAAAAAUGAGGUGUCCCAUGUAAAACAAUGGAUGUUAAGAUGGCAAAACCAUAUAACUACUACCCAAGCCACUCUUAAAGAUUUGGGUUCGUGUGAGCUCAGAAAGUGUGUCAAGGUCUUCAACAAAUUUGGUUCUGACAUCGAUGAGUUGGAUGAAACAAAGCAAGCUAGACUGCUGUGUAACAUGUUGGUAGAAUUCUCAAUAGACGGAGAGGAGCAAGAUACUGUCAUUUCUAAGACAAAUUCGCUCUGUGCUGAUUACAGACAGUUUUUAAAAGACGCUCGACACUUCAUCAAGGAACUUAUCGCUCACCAGGACUAUGAAGCAGAGAUUGAAGUUAUGUACAGUGAAAUGGCGGAUCUGCUCAGUAAGCUUGAUGGUCAGAUACACGAGUUAAACCAGUACUAUUCACAGCGACCUGAUCUACACUCUGUGGGAGCUUGUGUCCAGAUGAGUUCCUACGUACGAGACACAUGGAAUACACUGUUCGAUAUAUCGUACGAAGUGGAUGCUGUCAUUUCGCUCUGGGAUGAUAUCGAACGGAAGAAAUUGCGCUUUGGCAACAACUUCCCUAAAAACCAUUUCACCAGUUUCAAUCCAAAGUACAUACUACAAAGAUGGAGUCGUCUGAUGGAAGAGGCCAGGUGUAUAGAGGAAUAUAUUCGCUGUCAGCGAGAAAUCUGUGAGGAAAACCAACCGGCCGUGGAAGCCGUUGCUGAGAGACUUGAUGAAGCGUCCGAAAUUCUGAAGUCAAAGAUCUCAGAGAUUGUUGUCUGUCUGGCUGGUAGCAAUGGGAACAUUAUGGAGACUGGAAGGGACAAGAGCCCCGUUAAUAAUAUCCUGAUGCUCCAAAACGAGCUUACACAGUCCUUUAGCGAUAUGAGCUCGAUGAGCGAAAUAACUGAUGAUCUUCCUAACAGUGGUUUGUUCGACGAUGCUUUCAACAAAAUCGUUCUUCUAAAUGAGUGUUACUCUUUCUGCCUGGCUACCAUCGACUUGGUCAUCUCCGGGCACGAUACCUAUCCUAAACUGAUACAAGCGGAGGGCAUGGCAAGCGAUGUGGAGUUCUAUCAAAAAGAACUGAAUUGCUGCAAGGAGAAAAAUCAGCUUCUUCCUAAGUACGAGAACGUUGUAAAGCUGUUUUCAGAGUUGGAUCAGGACACGAAAUCUCAGUUAAUCCAGCAAUUGAAACAGGAGGUCGAGGCGGUGGAUCCUACUUUCUAUCGCGUCCCUCUUUCUGCAUGGCUCAAUGUAAGACGUGACGACUUGGCAGUUACGGAGCUUCAAUCAUGUUCACAGAAUUUGAAAGAUUGCUUUGCUUCGGUCUCCGGUCAUGAUGAGGCUAUUUUGAUGGGAGAUGUUGACAAAUAUAUCCAUCCCGAUUUGGUGGCAUUCCUUCUGAAAAACAUGACCGAAUACUUCAGCAACGAAGAAGAUUUGGAUGAUGACGCUUAUGACUACAAGAGAUUGAUUGCUCAUCUGACCGGAAAGAAGAGGAAGUUAGCAGUACCUGUAGAACAUAACGGAUAAUUUAAAAAUUGAGAGAAAAACGGUUUAUUUAGUACGCAAUUAAUCCUCUCGUUUAAAAUUCCAGCAGUACACACUAAUCUUCGUUCAUUAAAAGGAACUAUAUUUAAACCUAUUAAAAAUAACCUAUUCCUCUUCCCUUUCGAAUCCGCUGCAAAACAACUGUGCAUUUUGGAACAGAUCUAGAUCAUUUUUGAAGAACUGAAGAUAAGAUUUUAUAAUCAAUAUCAAUGUUGUAUCUCUUAAUUCCUAGUCCUAAACUGUUUUCUGACCACUGUCGUCGUCCCAUGUCUUUUAAAAAGAAUUAAGUGUUCUUUUUUGUUUGCUGGAUGAUACUGAUAUUUGAUAAUAACUGUUUUUUACACUUUUGCCUAUUGUGAUGACAAUGUUUUUAAGUUCGAUUUUGUAAUAAUUAUGUUAUUAUAUGUAUACAACUAACGAAUAUUAAUAAGCACUGAAAGAAUAAAGUUUGUUAUUAUUUUCCAAUUAUCAUU